GUUUUUAACAGCUUAGACUGAACACAUCUCUUUCGUAAAAUAAAAUAAAAAUAUGAAAAACUAAACAAAAUUCUAAAUUCGUAGCCAAGGACUGACUUCAACGUACUUCUUCAGCAGCAAAAAAAAAAAAACAACUGUGGCAUUUGUGCUCCAGCUGCAGAUUCUAGAGUUGAUUUACGAGUGUCCCAAGGCAAAUCGAAAGCUUUCAAGAUGGUUCUGAUGCUCUGCUGCAGUUUCGAUCCCUUCUACGUGGGACCCUGCCCACCCGGCUGCCUGGCUCCUCUGAUGGGAGGCACUCCGUACUGCGGAUGUGGUCCUUGCUGUAGUCCUUGCUGUGGGUGUGGUCCCUGUGGCGGUUGCAGCUCCUGUCCCUGCGGCUGGUGAAGCGCACAUCAAGAAACGAAGCCGAGAAGAUGGUCUAUGAUCACGGAUUUAGCUUCUAUGAACGACUGCUGAAGAGUUAUGUUGCUGUUCGAAAUCCUUUUCCUUGGCUGGGCUUAAACAUCCAUGCUCUCAUGCAUAGAAUGCGUUUUUCUAUUAUUGCUGUUCAGAAAUAAAAUGAAU